CGUCAGCAGACUACACACCGUUCUUCUUCCUUAGUUUUUCUAUCUUCCCCUGAAUCAUCAUCUUCGCCUGUACUUGUCAGACUUCUGUGUUUGAUUCACCGUUACAUCGUCUUUGAUCAUGGAAACUCCUGUUGAUGCUUCGAUUAAGAACGAACAUGAAAGCCCUAGGUGGAAGAAGUCAACCGUGGUUUUUGUGUUGGGUGGUCCUGGAAGUGGCAAAGGUACUCAGUGUGCUAAUGUUGUGAAGCACUUUAGCUAUACUCAUUUCAGUGCUGGUGAUCUUCUUAGAGCAGAAAUUAAGUCUGGUUCUGAAUUUGGAGCCAUGAUCCAAAGUAUGAUUGCAGAGGGGAGAAUUGUGCCGUCUGAGAUAACAGUGAAGCUUUUAUGUAAAGCUAUGGAGGAAAGUGGUAAUGAUAAGUUCCUCAUUGAUGGUUUUCCUCGCAAUGAAGAAAAUCGAAUCGUAUUCGAAAAUGUUGCUAAAAUCGAGCCUGCUUUUGUUCUGUUCUUUGAUUGUCCUGAAGAAGAACUCGAAAGACGUAUUAUGAACAGGAACCAGGGAAGAGAAGACGAUAAUAUAGAGACGAUAAAGAAGCGGUUUAAAGUGUUUGUUGAAUCUACCCUCCCUAUUGUUAACUACUACGAAUCUAAAGGGAAACUUCGAAAGAUCAAUGCUGCAAAACCCAGCGAGGAGGUUUUCGAAGCAGUCAAAGUUUUAUUUGCAUCUGAAAGUUGAGAAGCAUCAAGGACUAGGGAGAAAUCACUGGACAAAACAAAACAGAGACUUCCAAGUCAAUGUGCCUUAUCGUACACGUAACUAAGUUUACAGAUUUGUGCUGUAAAUAGCUCUCUACAUUUAACAUUUCUCAUUAUGAUGAUUAUAGCCACAGUUUCGUCGUAAUAACCACUUUUUUAGUCAAUAACUGGUUAGGCUUGACUUAUUAAUCAAGUCUGGUUACAAGUCCA